CCUAGCCCUUCGGCUACGACCCCGCCGUCUCCCUCCUCCUCUGGAUAGACCACCGGCCAUGGCGCUCAAGCAGAAGGGAACCGACGCCGCCGCCGCCGCCGACCCCAAGAAGCGCCGCCGCGUCGGCUUCUCCGGAAUUGAUGUUGGCGUUGAGGCAAAUGAGUGCAUGAAAGUGUUUAUCGCAAGAAACCCUGACGAGGUGGGAUCAGAAAACAGCAUUACUCUUCAACCAUUUGACCUAAAUCAUUUUUUUGGUGAAGAUGGCAAGAUAUAUGGCUACAAAAAUCUGAAGAUCAAUGUGUGGAUCAGUGCAACAUCGUUUCAUGCAUAUGCUGAUAUUUCAUUUGAGGAAACAUCUGAUGGAGGAAAAGGAAUCACAAAUCUUAAACCUGUUCUUCAGAACAUUUUUGGUGAAAACUUGGUAGAAAAAGAUGAAUUUUCGAAGACAUUUUCAAAGGAAUGUGAAUAUAUCAGCAGUGUGGUGACAGAUGGAAAUGUCAUUAAGCAUGAUGCUUCAACCGACAAAGAUUCAGCAGUUGAGAUUGUUCGAGUUGAACUCCAAGGUGCAGCUGCAUUCCUUUAUUGUCGUCUGGUGCCACUUAUUCUGCUUUUGGUUGAAGGUUCAACACCUAUAGAUAUAACUGAGCAUGGAUGGGAAAUGCUUCUGGUAGUAAAGAAGGCAGAGCAGGCGUCAUCCAACUCUAACUUUCUAGUGCUAGGGUUUGCAGCUGUUCAUCAUUUUUAUCAUUACCCUGAGAGCACUCGCCUGCGGAUCAGCCAGAUACUGGUCUUACCACCUUAUCAGGGUGAAGGCCAUGGUCUUCGUCUUCUUGAGACGAUCAAUUCUAUUGCCGAGUCCGAGAACAUAUACGACGUGACCAUUGAAGAUCCUUCUGAUUACCUGCAGUACAUACGUUCCUCCAUUGACUGCCUCCGUCUUCUCUCCUUCGAUCCAAUCAAGCCAGCGCUGAGUUCCAUGGUCACAUCUCUCAAGGAGACCAACCUUUCAAAAAGGACCAGCAGCUUGAAAAUGGUUCCACCUUCCAACCUGGCUGAGACGGUCCGGCAGAAGUUGAAGAUCAACAAGAAACAGUUCCUCCGGUGCUGGGAGAUUCUGAUCUACCUAAACCUCGACGCCGAAUACCGCAAGAGCAUGGACAACUUCAGGGCCUGCAUCUACGACCGCAUCAAAGGCGAAAUACUUGGCACUUCCACCGGCACCAACGGGAAGCGGCUCGUCCAAAUGCCGAGCAAUUUCGACGAGGAGACAUGCUUUGCUGUGUACUGGACACAGGAGGGAGGGGACGCAGAUGACCAGACGGUUGAGCAGCAGCCGGAGGAUCUGAAGACCCAGGAGCAGCAGCUGAACGAGGUGGUUGAUAGCCAAAUGGAGGAGAUCGUCGAGGUGGCCAAGAACGUUACCUCUCGCGGCAAGGACAAGCUGGGCGAUUCCUGCUCCGUAUCGUGCUAACUUGCAAGAACUGAUUGCUGCCGCAGCUCUCGCCUGAUGUCUCCUUGUAGCUCAGACUUCAGGGUAGAAACUAGAAGCUAGAAUACCUUGAGGGUGAAGAAUUAUGUUACGAGUACUUUUGAUGGAAAACUUAAAUUAUAUUGCUUAUUUUACAUUGUAACCAUGUUACCUUUGAAAUGUUGUUUUUCUGUUCAAUUUCUUAUGACUAGUAAAGACGCUUGUGCGUUGCAAUAGCCAACAUGAUCUUGGUAAUGUCAGGUC